AUGAGAAGGAUCCUGAAACGUCAUAGCAGCAUCUUCCUGGGAGAUGGCAACGCAGCCCCAGCCCCGGCUAGGGGCGUAGUGUGUGAUAUCGACGUUGGUGAAGCAAAACCAGUGGAUCUACGUGCGAGGCAGAUUGCCGCACCGUUCUUGGUGAAAGUGUUUGACCUCCUGAAGAAGUUGUUAGAGGCUGAGCUCAUUGAGCAUUCAGAAUCCGAGUGGUCAUCACCUAUUGUGAUUGUGCUGAAGAAGAACGGCAUAGACAUCCGAAUGUGUAUUGACUACCGACGACUUCUGAAUCUGCUCAUAAAGCUAUCUCGCUACCCUCUACCCUUGAUCGAUGACCUGCUGGUAGACUUCAAGUCUGCAAUGUGGUUUAUGAGUCUCGACAUGGCGAGUGGAUUCUGGGCGGUGCGAAUGACUGAGCGGGCAAAGCUGAUCUCUGCAUUUGUUGGUCCGUUCGGCCAUUUUCAAUGGCUCAGAAUGCCCUUUGGAUUGAAGAAUGCGCCGUUAAUUUAUCAGAGCGUUAUCAAUAACUGCCUGUGGGGAUUCGUCCGUCUGCCUCCGGAUAAGGAAGAGUUGGUUGACCAAGAGGUUCUGGAGUUUUUGAAUCUUGAGCCGCAAGAGGUCCUGAAACCUGAGGUAUAUAUGCGGGAUUAA